CUUUGUACUAAUAAAAGUCUUUAUUUGGACCUUGCUCUCAGCUUAGUGGGCAAGUGGGCAAUUAAGAAGCUAUUAUUACAUUAAUGUUGAGAAGGGUGUCAUAUUUUUCUCUAUAAAAACCAGAGCUCCCUACGCAACUAUGCAACAUAAGUCUUAGUUCUAUCCUUUCCUUCUCUAAGUAUAUAGUGGUUUUAGUUCAAAAUGAAAAGCUUAGGGAAGUUGGGACAAUGGUUUUUUCUAACAGUUGCUUUGGCAAUUUGCUUAGUAGCCAGCACAGUUGUUGCUGAUUACUCUUAUGAGUAUACUUCUCCUUCACCUUCUCACAACUCUAACAAGUACUACAAAUCACCAUCUCCAUCCAACUAUCAUGUUCCCACUCCUUAUUACAAGAAGCCUUAUCCAUCACACUACUACUACAAAUCACCAGCACCUUCAAAGCACAUUUAUUACAAAUCGCCGUCACCAGCAAAAUAUUACAAGUCACAUGUUCCUUCAAAGCAUUACUACUACAAGGCACCCAUUGUAACCAAGUAUUACAAGUCACAUGUUCCUUCAAAGCAUUACUACUACAAGGCACCCAUUGUAACCAAGUAUUACAAGUCACAUGUUCCUUCAAAGCAUUACUACUACAAGGCACCCAUUGUAACCAAGUAUUACAAGUCACAUGUUCCUUCAAAGCAUUACUACUACAAGGCACCCAUUGUAACCAAGUAUUACAAGUCACAUGUUCCUUCAAAGCACUACUACAAGUCACCGGUUGCAACAAAGUAUUACUACAAGUUCCCAACUCCUUCAAAGCAUUAUUACAAAUCACCCGCUCCUUCUAAGUAUUACUACAAGUCACCAACUCCUUCAAAGAACUACUACAAGUCCCCAUCGCCCGCAAAGUAUUAUAAGUCCCCCUCGCCAGCAAAGUACUACAAGUCACCUACUCCAUCAACACACUAUUACUACAAGUCCCCAUCCCCAACAAAAUAUUACAAAUCGCCCGCUCCAUCUAAAUACUACAAAUCGCCUUCACCAACAAAAUAUUACAAGUCACCAGUUUACUACAACUCUCCUCCACCACCACCAACUUACUACGAGAAAUCACCUUCAUACUACAAGUCACCUCCACCUCCACCAAAAUACUAUGAGCAAUCCCCUAAGUACUACAAGUCACCUCCACCCCCACCAAAAUACUAUGAGCAAUCCCCUAAGUACUACAAGUCACCUCCACCCCCACCAAAGUACUAUGAAGAAUCACCAUCAGCAUACAAAUCUCCACCACCUCCACCAAAAUACUACGAGCAACCACCAACUUAUUACAAUUCUCCACCUCCACCAUACUACGAAGAAUCUACACCUUCCUAUAAAUCUCCUCCACCUCCUCCAUACUACGAGCAACCACCAACUUAUUACAAUUCUCCACCUCCACCAUACUACGAAGAAUCUACACCUUCCUAUAAAUCUCCUCCACCUCCUCCAAAAUCCUAUGAACAAUCACCUUCGACCUACAACUCACCACCUCCUCCAAAGACCUAUGAACAAUCACCUACAUACUACUCGCCUCCACCACCACCGUACUACAAAGAAACACCAACCUAUGCCUCACCACCACCACCUGAGAAGUACGAGGAACCUAUCACCUAUGCUUCACCUCCACCACCAUCACCAUCUCCCCCACCACCAACCUACUACUAGUAGUCAAAUCCAUU